UGUUUAUUACUUGGCAAGCUUCACUUGUGAUUCAAAGCCGACAGUUGAAUUCACAGCUUCCGUAGGUAACGACGCUUUUUAACAAUGUUUAAGCACAACUGGCUAAUUGUGCAAUUGUUUGUCUGGGCUUGGAGUCUGCUGUGCUACGGACAUGUGCGUCUUCUUGAAGUUAACACCAGACGCAGCAUACAACUGUUUCCACAGCUGCAUUGGCAAAUAGGAAACCAAAGUGCAAUCGCUGCUACUUAUUGUGAACCAACAGACUUGCAACAGCGCUAUGAGUUUAUAUCUCAAAAUGGCAGAAGGCUAUGGCAGGUGCAACCAAAUCAUUUACCACGCACUGCAGCCGGUGAAUUUGCGAAUCUACGCAAUCUGUGUUUGGAUGAGAAAGGAUUGCCCAUCCGUCUGCGUUGUCUGAACAACGCAUCAGUUGCUGUUUGGCAGCAUCUCAAUAAUGAAACUUUGCGCUGUCGCUCAGCUAACAAGUUUAGUCAAGAGCUGCAUCAGCUGAGCACAGAUAAGGUUAGCUUGGUGAAGCUCAGAAGUCUUUUGAGCGAGGCUCACGGCAAGCUAACAGCUGCGGAUGUUUACAGCACAGCUACUAUUGUAGCUAAGCUAGUGCAGCAGGCAAACAAGACAAGCGAGCUUAGCUUGAGCUUAAUAAGCAUUUGCCAGCAUAUAAUGAGCGCAGAUAAACAGACGCUGGCACUCUCAGCUGAGUUGAAUUCCACAAACAAGUUGCUGAGCCAGUUUGAGCAAUAUAUGGAUGCAUUGCCACAAGAGCUCUGUGGACAGCCAAUGGCUAACAGCAUGGAUAUGGAUGUGGAAGCCAUUAGGUUGGCCAACAUGGGAGUGCAGGCCUGGCUUAGCAGCAAUCUGAGCGUGUUUUUUGUCAAUCCCCAGUGUCAAAGUAUUACGGGCAUUGCAGUUUACUCAGCGGCAGCUGCUGAUCGCCAAGCAAGCAAGAGCGGCUUCUGGUAUCGCUUGCUCUAUGCGCAUGAAAAUCUGGAAAAACUUUGUAUGGACACGCAGCUGGAGACGGCUGCUUAUUUGCCUGCAUCGCUUUGGCAAGAACUGCUUGCUAGAGGCGCCUCACACUUGGUUCUCAAAGUUUAUGCGCAUGCUGCGCUUUUUGUGGAAAAUCAGCUUAGCCGGCAACCUAGCAGCCAAGUUCUGUCUAUAAGCAUACCAGGCUUUGAGCGUAAGUCCCUGCCUGAGCCGGUGCCGUUUCUGUUGCGCAAUCCCAAUUAUCAACUGUCGGCAGCAGACGGAGCAGCCGCAGCAACCGAAGGCUGCGGUUACUGGAACUAUGGAACUUGGCUAAGUGAUGGCGUUACCACCAGCAGUGCGCAGCAGCCAAACGUGCUUUGUCAUGCCCAGCAUCUCACUCAGUUUUCGUUUCUUGUGGGCGGCAGCUACGCACAGCUUGCUGAGACUGAAUUGGCUGCCAAGUUGCUGUGGCAUGAACAGCUCCUGGAUACUAUUACCUAUGUGGGCUGUGGCCUUUCGUUGUUUGGACUGCUUGGUAUAUUUUUGACCGCAGUGCUGGUUAAGCAGUGGCGUAGUCAGGCUUCUACAAAAGUGCUGCUGCAUCUGUGUCUGGCAUUAAGCUUUCAGUUGCUGCUCUUUGGCGUGCUGGGUAAUAACAAUUGGUCCGACUCCAACUGGCAACGUUGCUUGUUUUUGGGCGCAGCUUUGCAAUACUCUGUGCUGGUCAUUUUCCAUUGGAUGCUAAUCAUAGCUUAUUUGCAGUUUCAGCGCUAUGUUACAGUUAUAGGCGUGGCACGCCCACAGCACUAUAUAUUAUACUCUGCUUUAGUAGCCUGGAUUCUGCCCUUCUUUCCCACAUUGCUUGUGGUAAUCUUCGAUGCAGAUUCGUUUAAGCCCUCUGCACAUCAGUUCAAGACUCUAGCCACAGCUCUUUGUUAUCCUUCGGGUUAUAGCCUGGCUCUUGGCGUGUUGCUACCAGUUGCAUUGAUAAUAAUCGCCAACGCUUUUAUGCUGCUUAGCAUCUUAUAUAGCGUCUACCGCGUUCUGCAUCCUCGGCGACAGCAUAUUAUACAGCAGAUGCGUCUCUCAGUGCUUUUAUUCUUUCUGCUGGGCUUAAGCUGGAUCUUUGGAUUGUGCACCUACAUGCAACUGGGCCUCAUAUUUUCAUAUCUCUUUUGCCUCACGGCCACUUUGCAGGGCUUUGUGCUGUUUGUUUACUUUGUGCUGUUGAGUGCAGCCAACCGCCAUGCCUGGUUGACCUUUCUAUGUCCCAUUCAAAUGAAGAUGAAUGUGCCUCAACGCCACACAGAGCUGCAAUCGAUGAGUAGCUUAACGACAAGCGUGUCUAAGAGUUUGCCCAGUUAA